CGUGACGUCAGAUUGGAAUGAGGGAGUGAAUGUUCCGGGUCAGAAACUGGACUGAGAGGAAAUUAACACUAGGACAAGAAAAACACGAAUCACUAUCUAACUCAACAGAGAUGUAACAGUCUACGAACGAAGAUUUUAAGAAAAUUAAUUCAGCAUGCGAUGUAGAGAGAUGGACAAACAGGCGAAAUCUUCAUAUUAAAGUACUUAAAGUGAGGUGGACAACGACGUUUUAUCCCAUGUUUCUUUCCAAUAUAUCCAGCUGAAGCCUGGGUAGUAGGUUUCGUUGUGGGCUUGCUUUUAAAAUUGGCGUGGGCAGUCAUAGCGUGUACCUGUAGCCGGCAAGCGAGCGCGAAAACGCCGAACUUGGGUCUCCUAGUUUCUACUUGCUCCAUCCAGAUUUGCUUUCCCUCAGCGGUAGACUAUUUUACCGUACGGAUUUAGCCAGAGCUAGGAUCAGCCCGUGAUGUUUCACUGUAUACCCCUGUGGCGGUGUAACCGUCACAUUGAAUUGAUCGAUAAGCGCCACUGCUCCCUGUUGUACGUCCCCGAUGAGAUCUACCGCUACAGUCGGAGUUUGGAGGAGCUUUUGCUGGACGCCAACCAACUCCGCGACUUGCCUAAGCCAUUCUUCCAGCUGGUGAAACUACGAAAACUUGGGCUGAGUGACAAUGAAAUCCAGAGACUUCCACAAGAAAUAGCCAACUUCAUGCAGCUCGUAGAACUCGAUGUCUCUCGAAAUGACAUCAUGGAAAUCCCUGAAAGCAUUUCAUACUGUAAAGCUCUCCAAGUAGCUGACUUCAGUGGAAACCCACUAACAAGAUUGCCAGAAAGUUUUCCAGAGUUAAGGAAUUUAACUUGCCUCUCCAUCAAUGAUAUUUCUUUGCAGACCUUGCCAGAAAACAUAGGAAACCUUUGUAAUUUGAUAUCACUGGAACUCCGAGAGAACCUGUUGACAUAUUUACCAGAGUCUCUGUCACAACUUGCUAAACUUGAAGAACUGGAUCUAGGGAACAAUGAACUUUAUAAUUUGCCCGAGACAAUAGGCUGUCUUGUCAGCCUGAAAGACCUGUGGCUGGACGGGAACCAGUUGGCCGAAAUUCCAGCGGAGAUGGGCAGCAUGAGGAGCCUGCUGUGCCUGGACGUCUCUGAGAACAAGUUAGAGCGCCUCCCGGAGGAACUCAGCAGCAUGCAUUCCCUCACUGACCUGCUGGUGUCCCAGAACCUCAUCGACAUGCUGCCAGAAGGCAUAGGCAAACUUCGAAAACUCUCCAUACUGAAAGCGGACCAGAAUCGACUUGUUCUGCUUCCAGAGAGCAUUGGCAACUGUGAAAGCCUCACCGAGCUCGUGCUCACGGAGAAUCAACUAGUGAGUUUGCCUAGAGGUAUUGGAAAGCUGAAGAAGCUGUCAAACUUCAACUGUGAUCGGAAUCGCCUGACUUCUUUGCCCAAAGAGAUUGGCGGGUGCAGCAGCUUGAAUGUCUUCUGUGUGCGCGAAAAUCAAUUGAAACACAUUCCCUCCGAGCUGUCACAAGCUACUGAACUGCACGUAUUUGAUGUGUCGGGAAACAGGCUGGCCUACCUGCCCCUGUCCCUGACCACGCUGCGCCUGAAAGCGCUGUGGCUGUCCGAGAACCAGUCGCAGCCGCUGCUUACCUUCCAGACCGACACGGACCCAGAGUCUGGGGAGAAGGUGCUCACCUGCGUGCUCCUGCCCCAGCAGCCUUGCGAGCCCGAGAGCAAAGGCCUGGAUAGCCUGGCGCGGUGCGGUGCCCUGGAGAGCCUGGUGAACGACGUGGCCGACACCACGUGGGACGACCGGCCUCAGAACCGGACCAGCGCCAUCCGCUUCCUGGAAGACGACGACGAGGAGGAGGAUGACGAAAAGGGAACCCUGAUGCGUCGAGCAACGCCUCACCCCGGAGAACUGCGGAGCAUGAAGAAGACUGCCGAGAACCUCCGCAACGACAUGAACGCCGCCAAAGGCCUGGACUCCAACAAAAAUGAGGUCAAUAAUGCUGUCGACCACGUGACCACGUCUGUGUGACCUCGCUCUCGUUCUCUCCUCUCUCCAUACCUCAGAGAUGUUUACCUCCUGUGUCUCUUGCCACUUCUCCCGCGCUACACGUCACAACUUGCCCCCUCUCCUCGACCGCCAACCCCAUUGCGGCACCCCAAAUCUGUCCCCCCACCCACCCCCUGCUCAUCCUGCCGGCCCUACCAUGCCCCCCCCGCCCACACCCCCCCAACCCGCGGAUCAGAACGGGGACUUCCAUGGGAUGGGGGGGGGGGGCAAGGGUUUAGGGUAUCAUCGCCACGGUCCAUGUGCCUUCUCCAAAUGUCCACUGCAAUAACCUGCACAGGUGUGCUUCUUUUUAAUAUAUGUGUGUGUGUGUGCCUGUGUGUGUGCGUGUGUGUGUUUUUUAAAUCCAGUGCUUUUACAUUUUUUGUAGAGAUGGUAAAUAGGUAGUUGCACUAUUGAAAGUCUUACCAUAAAACACAUGUCAAAAAUCUUAAAUAUAUAAAUAUAUAUAUUUUUAAAACACUGGGUGGACACUUGAUUUUUUUUUUUUUUUUUAUAUAUACUUAUUUGGGGAUACCCAGGCUUUUUUGGACCUACUGAUUUGAAAAUUAUUGUAUAGUUAUUUGUGAAUAUUACUUUUAUACUUUUGGCAGCUGUGAUGGUGUAAAUUUCUUAAAGUGUAUAGCAAGUUUCUUGAUCAAAGGCAGAAUUUAACUGUGUACUCAAACGUGGGCACAAUAUAAUUAUUUUAAAGAAAAGAAAAAGUGAAAAAAAAAAAUACAAACAAAUCUUAUUUUUUAACAUCUCAUUUAAAACUCUUUAAAAGUCUUUAAACAAUAUGACGCCUCAACACUUCUUCUCUUCUGGUCCAUUGGUUAUUGCAUACUUCUGCUUGGAUGUAAAUAUAGCACACUUUCUUAAGGGCUGACACAGAACACACUGUGAAAUUUCCGUUACCACUUUACAGCAAUUAAAUUGAUGAGAAGUGUGGAGGCUGUCUGACUCUUUCAUUGCGCCUCUCUAUUUUGCUUUAGCUCUCAGAAUCAUAAUUGACAUCAGCCUCAACAUUUUUGCAAAUGUUCUUUAUCUUCUAUGGAACCGGUACACUAAGAAUAAUUUUGUAAUACAAUAAUGUACAUUUUAUACUUCUUACUAUUGUAUAGUUAUGAUUUAAAAAAAAUGCUGUUGUCAUUAAUAUAAAAUGCACUUUUGCAAGGGUUUCUUACACUAUAAAACUGCUUAUUCUCAUGGUACACUACAGGCUUAAAUUUGACUUGGUAUUUUUAACUGUAUGCAGGAGUGAAUUAUGGACAUUGUUCUUUUUUUAUUGAUUUAACUUUUUAAUGAUUUUUUUUUUUUCCAAUGAUCAAGCUGCACAAAACCAAUCUCAAACAGGCACAACCUUUGUGCUUAAAAACUUGGACUUUUAACCACUGAUACAAUAAAAUGGAUUUGUACAACCUCAAA